CAGCGCAAUAGGAAAAAGGUCUUGUUACCAACAUGGCGCUUAACUUAAGUGUCAAGAUUCACCCUGUAGUAUUAUUUCAAAUUGUAGAUGCUUACGAGCGCCGAAAUGCAGAUUCUCAUAGAGUCAUUGGCACUUUGUUGGGAACCAGCGACAAAGGCAUCGUGGAAGUGACAAACUGCUUUUGUGUACCACACAAGGAACAUGCGGACCAAGUGGAGGCGGAGCUCAACUAUGCCAUGGAUGUUUACGAACUAAACAGGCGUGUGAAUGCUUCUGAAAAUAUUGUGGGAUGGUGGGCCACAGGCAACGAGGUGACGAACCACUCGUCGGUGAUCCACGAGUACUACUCGCGCGAGUGCCGCGAGCCCGUGCACGUGACGCUGGACACGUCGCUGGCGGGCGCGCGCAUGGGGCUGCGCGCCUACGUGUGCGUGGCGCUGGGCGUGCCGCGCGGCAAGCAGGGCUGCAUGUUCACGCCCAUCGACGUCGGCCUCGUCUGCUACGAGCCAGAGAUCGUGGGGCUAAACCUGUGCCAGAAGACGAUGGGCGGCGGCGGGCGCUCGCGGCAGGUGCAGCCGAUGAUGGACCUGGCGCAGGUGGCCGAGGCCGCCUCAAAGCUGUCUGGCCUGCUUGACCAGGUAGUCGCCUACGUGGAAGAAGUGCUGGCGGGCGGGGGCGCAGGGGCGCAGGGGGCGGGGGGCGCGGCGGGGGGCGCGGCGGCGGGGCGCGCGCUGCUGGAGCUCGUGAACUCCGUGCCCAGCCUGGCCGCAGACACUUUCGCCGACGCCUUCGCUUCCAGUGUCAAGGACCUGCUCAUGGUGGUGACGCUGGCGCAGCUCAUCAAGACGCAGCUGCAGCUCAACGAGAAGCUGACGCUGCUGACGUCACAGUGACGUGCCGCCACACACGCAGACACACGUUUAAUUCAUCCCAUAAUAUAAUUAUAUAAAAUAUG